AAUUCAACCCAACAUCAUGAGCAAGAUGUCCACAGCGAAGACAGAAAUCAGUUGGCUACGUACUGGAUACCAAUACCUAUUGCAGAUCAAUUACCCAACGCAUCUCGUAAUAUCUGCUUUGUUGCGUCUCAUUCUCAUUUGUUACGCCCAAAUACACGAUGCCAAAUCCACAGUGCCAUAUACCGAUAUUGACUAUAAAGUGGUAACUGAUGGCGCUCGCUUAAUUGUGGACGGAGAGUCACCAUUUGGACGGCACACUUACCGAUACAGCCCAAUUAUGGCACUCCUUCAUAUACCAAACAUUACUCUGCAUCCCGCCUUUGGAAAAGUCAUUUAUUCAGUAUGUGAUCUACUGAUUGGUUGCCUUAUUUAUAUCCUAGUCCGAUUGCAGCAAGGUGACGUCAAACGAACAGAGAAAAUGGCACGGGCAUCUGCUUGCUUUUGGCUUUACAAUCCACUUACGGCCGUGAUAUCGACCCGUGGUAGUGGCGAUAGUUUCACCAGCUUUUUCGUCAUAUUAAGCAUCUAUCUACUUAUCAAGUCGGAGGAUCAAAAAUCAAAAUGCUUUGCCGUAUUCUGUGCCGGUUUCGCUCAUGGACUGGUUAUACAUCUUCGCCUCUACCCGAUGUUUUUCAGUUUAGCGUACUAUUUGUGUCUUUCCGGUGGCUCUAUAAGAAAACCACGUGAACUUCUCAUCCGAAUCUUUUUGCCUAAUAAGCAUCAGAUCUGCCUUGUUUUGGGUACCUUAUUAGGACUAGCAAGCUUCACUUGGACUUCUUAUAAACUAUAUGGAUGGCAGUAUUUGCAUGAAGCCUAUUUCUAUCACUUUUUGCGAAAGGAUGUCCGGCACAAUUUUUCGUUACAUUUUUUGAUGCAAUAUCUGAACAAUACGGAUUCAGUUAAGGAAUCCACGUUGCUUAUCAAAUUCCUUACAAUGGCUCCUCAAUUGUUGCUUGUUGUUUAUCUUAGUCUAAGUUUUGCCCAGUUUCGGCAAACUUUGCCAUUUUGUGUCUUCAGUUUGGCAUUUGUAAUUGUGACCUAUAACUCUGUGGUUACCUCUCAGUACUUUGUCUGGUAUUUAGCUAUUCUUCCACUGUGCCUGACGAACUUCAAGUCUAUGUCAUUGGCUCGGUGUACAUAUUUGAUAAUUCUUUGGUUUAUCGGACAAGCGUUUUGGCUUCUACCCGCAUAUUUGCUGGAGUUUAAAACGUGGCACACUUUCAACUGGAUUGGCUUUCAGAGUGCAAUGUUUUUUAUAAUUAAUAGUUAUAUUUUAGCCCAGCUUAUAAGCAACUAUGAAUACAGAAACUUCAAAAUACCCAAUAAGAAAUUUUUGUAAUAAAAUGGAAAUAAUUAUAACUGCAA